AUGAUAUACGGAGUACGGGCUCUCAUUCUCCAGCUGGCAGAAGAAUACCUAACAGCAGAGCAGGAAGAGGAAGAGGAAGAGAUGAAUGCUGCCGCCCAAGCCGAUAUCAAAUGGCUAUCAAUACAUUCCCGUCAUACUCCGAGUUUCUUUUUCCGCUCGAUAUCACCAGACGCCAGUGCAGCACAGCAGCAUCAAGACGCCCCAAAAGGGUAA